AGGAGGAUGGCUGCAGAUAACACCUCCUCUGUGACAGAGUUUAUCCUCGCAGGCUUAACAAACCAGCCAGGACUCCAGCUCCCCCUCUUCUUCCUGUUUCUGGGCUUCUACAUGGUCACUGUGCUGGGGAACCUGGGCUUGAUAACACUGAUUGGGCUGAACUCUCACCUGCACACCCCCAUGUACUUUUUCCUCUUCAACUUGUCCUUCAUUGACUUCAGUUACUCCUCUACCAUCAUCCCCAAAAUGCUGAUGAGUUUUGUCUCAAAGAAGAACAUCAUCUCCUACACAGGGUGUAUGACUCAGCUCUUUUUCUUCUGUUUCUUUGUCGUUUCUGAAUGCUUCAUCCUGUCAGCAAUGGCAUAUGACCGCUAUGUGGCCAUCUGUAAACCACUGUUGUACACGGUCACCAUGUCUCCUCAGGUGUGUCUAUUUCUUUUGCUGGGUGUCUAUGGGAUGGGGGUUUUGGCGGCUUUAGCUCAUACAGGUAAUAUACUGUUUCUGACCUUUUGUGCAGACAACCUUAUCAAUCAUUAUAUGUGUGACAUCCUUCCCCUCCUUGAACUCUCCUGCAAUAGCUCUUACAUGAAUAAUCUGGUGGUCUUUACUGUUGUGGGCUUUGGCAUUGGGGUGUCCAUUGUGACCAUUUUUCUCUCUUAUGGCUUCAUUCUUUCCAGCAUUUUCCACAUUAGUUCUACUGAGGGCAGAUCCAAAGCCUUUAGUACCUGCAGUUCUCACAUAAUUGCAGUUUGUCUCUUCUUUGGGUCAGGAACUUUUGCAUACCUUAAACCACCUUCUGCUGUACCCCUUGACCAGCGGAAAGUGUGUACUCUGUUCUAUACCAUUGUGGUGCCCAUGCUGAACCCACUAAUCUACAGCCUGAGGAACAAGGAUGUCAAAUUAGCCAUGAAGAAAACCUUGGGCAGAAUAACUUUCUCUUGA